ACUUUCCCUUUAUCACCAACAAACCGGUCAAAAUACAUAUAUUUCAAACAAAUUCCAUAAAUUAUUCCUUAACGUUACUGGUCUCAUGAUGAGCACGUCAGGACACAGCCUUAAAACCGACACGCAGAGCAGACGCUCGGUGAAAUCUCAUCCAAGCAAGCUUCACGUAUUCGAAUAUGCUGCUCCGCAGGACUUGGACGUCGUGGCUAUUAUCUACAAGUUCUAUCUGGAGGACUUUCGCAACUUUACGGAAGAAGAGCGGCAACUGCGAUUGUCCAGUUUGGACGCCAUCGACAUGCUCCACACCAUAGAGCAAGUGCAUAAUGAUGUGGCUACUUUAAGGCUGGAGAACCACAUAAUGGUCGAAUUCCUUGAGAAAAACGAUCCAAAGUUGUUAUUGGGAUUGAGACAGCGCCGUACUUCCAUUCUUAGAAAGUUGCAAACAAAGCGAGGAUCGGCACAGGGAAGUCAUGGCGUGAAUAGCCGGCACUCCAGCUCCAAACGCUCCAUACCCAUGUCAGUGAAUCAGCUAGUAUCCAUAAGUGGCAUAUCUGCUCCAGAAAAGCGACGUGGAAUGGACUACAAACUAAAUUUUAAGGCCAAAGCCGAAAUGGCAGAGAAAAGAGCAGCUGAGGUGGAGAAGCGGGUCGCGGAUAUUGAAAGAAAUGCCAUGACCGAAGUGAAACAGUUAAGAGCCAAGAUAGAAGAGCUCCGCUUUCGAAGUGAGGAAACCAUUGAGACGGAGAACAACUUUAUGCUCCACUUUUUACGGGAUGAGAACGAUGUGGCCUUUUUGGAGUCUGCAACUGAGCGACAGAUUGAACGGAAAUUGCGCAAGUUCACUUCAAAUUGGUUUAAAAAUGCACGCGCUUUACUGGGAACUAUGAAGUUAACCAUAGUAUCGCUUCAAGAAACAUGUCAGCAGCAUCGGGCGGAUUUGAUAACCAAAUCAGACCUGAGUGGUAUCCUGACGGCUGUAGAUUUUGAAAAACUUAUUAUAAAGAGAACCGAGCUGGUGAAUCAACUGGAAGAAAAAAACAUACACAUGGCGGGACUUAAAGGAGUCACAGGAAAAACUUCCUUGGCCAUGACUGAGGAAAAACAGGCCAUGAUGAACUUGGAAACAGAAAUGCGUACCGUUCUGAAUAGAACGGAUGAAGUCACGCGAGCCAUUCAGAAACUGGAAAAGGAGGUGGCUGCAGUUCAAAUGCACAAUACCAAAGACUACGUGACUCUGGAUGAGCUGAGAGCACAGCUCCAGGACUAUGAGGCCCCCAGUGUCAGCGAGUAUAUCGAGCGAAAGGAAGAGGCCCACGUCCUUGAAAAGGAAGAAAAAAUGCUGCAGAGAAAGAUCUACAUCCUCAAUAUGAAGCUCAACAAUGCCAUACGUCGGCGAAAUCGGCUCGAAGAAAAUUAAAUUGUGGCAUUUUAGCUCGUUAUAAACUUACCCAAAGGAAAGCAGUCCCUUUUCCACUUUAAAGCACUCAGACUUGGCCCAGUUACCAUAUUGAAUUUCCUCCAAGCCCAAAGCAGCUAAUGCAUCCCGUUCUCGUGGAAUGUAUUCAUCGUUGCCCUUCUUUUCACGAGCACGAUCUCGCUUCUCCUUGCGGCGACGGGAACGGAGCCCUAAUUGGAUUUAAAUGAUUAAAAUGCUUUACAU